UUCUGAUUUUGUAUUCACAUGAACCCGGCAUUUUUAUAUUUUUCCUGGUAAAGUGUAGAAAACACCUUAUUUUAAUCUAUCGCCCAAAAUGUGUCAUACAAACAGAGCAAGAGUGAAAUAGUUAAUUGUAGUCACAGUCAUGUAGUUUCUCUUGGCAUGUCUUUUAUUAACCAGGGCAGCAGUUAACACAGAGUGAUGGUUCACUCUCUCCCUUGCAUGCAAAAGUUCCCUUUCUUCCCUGUCCAUAACCUGCCUUGGCUCCUCCUCCCCCUCCCCAUUGCCCCACCAGUGAAUGGGGCCUUUGUGGGGGCUUCCCAGCAUUCCAAGGGAAUUCUUGCAGUAUGUGAGUGCUUUUCCAGAGCUGAGCUAACCCAGAAGGACUUGCUGCAGCUAACAGGGUGUGAUCACACGAGCAGACAGAGUGGGAGGGAAGGAUCCGAUUCUUACUAACCAGCUCCCCCACUCUUCUGUUGGAACCUGUCAAGAGGACACUGCCUGCAGGUUUACCCUGAGUUUCCCAGCAGCAUGUUGCAGACAGUCAGUGACUGGCUGUGGUGGGAUCGUCUGUGGCUGCCGGGGAACGUCUCCUGGUCUGAUCUGGAGGACAAUGAAGAUUGUGUCUAUGCCAAAGCCUCUCAACUUUACGCCGUAGUGCCCUGCGCCCUCUGCCUGCUCUUCGUCAGAUACCUGUUUGAGAGGUACCUGGCCACACCACUAGCCAACUCUUGGGGAAUCAGAGACAGGGUACGUCUCAAAGCAGAAGGAAACCACGUUCUAGAAAGUUUCUUCUGCAGCCAAAAACGGGCUCCAUCACAGGCUGAUGUGAGCUCUCUAUGUAAGAAGACCAGUUGGCCAGAAGGCAAAGUUCACAUUUGGUUCAGGAGGAGGAGGAACCAAGAGCGUGCAGGGCUUCGCAAGAGGUUCUGUGAGGCCAGUUGGAGAUGUGUGUUUUAUUUUUGUGCAUUUGUCUACGGAGUCAUGGCUCUCUACGAUAAACCCUGGCUUUAUAAUCUGAGGGAGGUUUGGGCUGGCUUUCCAAAACAGUCCUUGCUGCUUUCUCAGUACUGGUAUUACCUCCUGGAAAUGGGCUUCUACCUCUCUCUGCUCCUCAGCCUCACAUUUGAUGUGAAACGUAAAGACUUUAACGAGCAGGUGAUUCAUCAUAUAGCCACUCUCACCCUUCUGGGCUUCUCCUGGAUUUCAAACUACAUCCGUAUUGGUACCCUCGUGAUGGCGGUUCAUGACUCUGCUGACAUACUGCUGGAGGGUGCCAAAGUAUUAAACUACGCCAAGUGGCACCUGACUGCAAAUGCCAUGUUUGUGGUAUUCACAGCUCUCUUUUUGUUGACAAGAGUUGUCAUUUUUCCUUUCUGGCUGAUCCACUGUACAUGGGUUUACCCAGUGGAGCUGUAUCCUCCCUUCUUUGGUUACUACUUCUUCAAUGUGAUGUUGUGUAUUCUUCAAAUACUCCACAUCUACUGGGCCGAUCUAAUAUUACGAAUGCUUUUCAAGUGUCUUUUUAGCAAGCUGGAAGGUGACGACAGGAGUGAUGAAGAUGAGAAUGACAGUGACACACCUGUGGAAAGAAAUCACAAACUGAGUCAUAAAAAUGGCUCUGGAGGAAGAGGCCGGGCAAAUGGCCAUUGACACAGUUAGACAGAAGCAGAGAAAAAAGAAAAUGGACAUCAGAAACAUUUAUGGAUUCAGUCUGGAUGAUGUGAUAAUGAUGACAUAAAAAAAAAGACAAGCAGGCAAGUGUGAAGGAUUUUUCAUUACCUGAUUUGAAGCACAUGGUUUCUGGAAUUCAGAGACUUCAGAGCCUUUAACAACUUAUUUUCUUUAUCCUGUGAAUCACUAAUAGUGGAAGAUUUGUUUAAUAUAUGUUUAUUUGCAUUUUGAAAAGUUUAUUCAUAAUAAUUAUGAUAAUGACUUGGAAGUGCAACUUGUGUGAAAAUGUGACUGUGUUUUUGGUGGGUAAUAUUAAUGCAAAACCAAAGCAA